AGAGGCCGACUUCAUUUGUGUUCCGAAGAUUAACGAAGGCCUUACGGGUGUAGAACGACAUGAGGGUGAGUAAUAAAUGACAUUAUGUUCAUUUUUGGGUGAACUAACCCUUUAAUUUCGACAUUGAUACGUAAUUCGAGUCACAAACCGCUCCGAGUAUAACGUCACGGGUUUCCAUCUCUUCCAAAUUACGGUAGUUAUGGCGUGAAUGCAGUAUAAUCUCGUUGUUUUGGUUCAGGAGGAACUGUAAAACGUGGCUGCUGUUUUGAUUGCGGUUGGUGCUCGUGACUGGCGCCUACGCCCACCCCGGGGGGAAACAAUCCAACCCUCUCCGUUGACUUUGUAUUGUGAAGCUACCUCCUUGUCAUUUCUUGCUUCUAACAAAAGACAGAACAAUGUCUAAAAGCUGCUGUGUGACAGGGUGUACAGCAAACAAGCUAAAAACCCAGAACUAAGUUGUUAUAAGCUACCGAACCGUAAAAGCCAGCCUUUAAGUGGGUACAGACAAUAAGACGUGAAGCAUCAGCAGGAAGAAUGGGUAAAUUGUAGUAUCCUGACACUCAGUAUGCCUCAGUAUGUGUGCAGUAAACAUUUUCUCACCUGUAAGUCAAAUAUCCAAAUGUUAGUUUUAUAUAUAUUUCCUGUCGCUGAUAGUGCUUUCAGUGCAUCGUUACAAUGACAAAUUUGAGCAUACAAUUUAAAAUAUACCUAAAAUAUAUUUUAAAAUAAGUACACUUACAUUUAAGUACACUUGGCGUACUACCAAAGGCAAAUAACUCAAAUGUACUGUAUUAACAUCCAUUACACUCUCUGUUCAGAUCAACCACUUGACAUUUUGUGCAGAUAAAAAAAAAAUUCACAUACUGUUUUUCAGCUACUAUAUAGUAGGCAAGUAUGGAUAGAUGCAACCAUAGUAAACACAAAGUCAGCAUGAAACAAAAGUUGUGAGCACCUUUUCUUCCCUAUUAUGAUGUAUAGCCUAUCCGAGUGAAAUCGCUUCUCUAAAGAGAGAAACAAAUGUAGGACAGAACUUGAUUUUGUCCAUCAGGAAUUGAUUGGAUUGUUGGAUCGCUGGCAUUAAUUGCCGCAAUCUCACGUGAAUGACAGUUUGCAUGAAGGGCAGGAUUAUUGUCCCGCCUUCGUUAAGAUGCAAGGUGAAUGUGAAGAUAGUGAAUUGAAGAAAAUAAUAAUGUACACAGAUAAGUAAUUUUUUAUGCACUAUUCCAUAAAAAAUAAAAACCAUCAGUUUUUAUUUCAUGAUGCCUUUAACUUCCUCUUCUUCUUGCAGUGACAUCUCUUCUCUGAUGACCUGUCACUCACAUGAGAUCAAUAGCAAACCACAACAAUCCAACGAAUCCAAUCAAUUCCUGAUAGACAAAAUCAACAUUUUUUCUUGUUCUAAAAGUAGUUUCACUUGGAUAUACAUUACAAUAGGGAAGAAAAGAUUAUCUCAACUACAAUUUCAUGUAAACUUUAAGCCAAAUGGCUAGUCUGGCAAUAGCAAUGGUAGUCGGUAAUGACACAAACACAGUAGUAAACAGCCUGCUUGUUCAGUCAAUGCAAAAGGUGUUACAUCUCCACCCGUGGUGUUAUUGAGAAUGAAUAUAAAUUCAGUUACAAAGCAACAACUGCCGUACUAACAUCCAGGUUAUAGUGAGUGUGACGGACAGCAGCUCCUGGGGUUUAUAGUAGAGGUGUUGGGAGGAGGGCCUCAGGGGGCCAGUUCCACAGCGCUCAUUUGAAACCUUUGGUCCCCCAUGGUCUGUUUUCCCAGAAUGCCCUGUAGAAACUCUAACCUCUCAGGCUCCAAGUGUGUUUACUCUGAGUUAAUGAAUGAGCUAGUGUUGGAGCGAAUGUGGGUGAGUAAAUGCUAAUCACAUCCCUUUCCCCCAAAAUAAAGCCUCCAUUUCGCCCCUUUCCUGUUUGCUUUUAUUCCCCUUUAGUUAAAUCAUCAGUAAUCACGCUUUUAAAAGCUAGUCAGAGACUAACCGCAGGUCAGGAAUGAAACGUUCGACUAGCACUGCCAGAAAAACACAAGAGGGGGGAAGUUUAGUGUGUGAGGAGUGUAAAGCCAAAGUUGAGGUGUCAUAUUUGAUGUCAACUCUCACUUCUCCAACAAUGCCAAUUGAGUAAACACACACAAAUGGUAUGGGUGAGGGAAUCAAGAGAGUGGGAGGAGGGGCCGUCCUUACUUGCUCUUCUAAGCGGGAGUGAGAGGAGGUCCAGAGGGAGGAGGCAAAUGGGGAGAGCAGGAUUGAGAAAGAGAGUAAGGAAAAGAAGUGGCGCUCUGUUUGCGGAGCAGUCUGGGACCAUGCUGUCAGGCAGCUCUCUGAUCUGGAUUGGGGCGCUGCUUCUGGGGCUCGAGGCUUUGCUGACUGGGGCGUCUGACUUCCAGCACCAUGGUUAUGAGGAGAUGGUGAGGGCUCUUUUUGCUGUCCAAAGCGAAUGCUCCUACAUCACUCGCAUCUACAGCAUCGGUCGCAGCGUGGAGGGACGGCACCUAUAUGUCCUGGAGUUCAGUGAUAAUCCUGGCAUCCAUAAAGCAUUGGAGCCAGAGUUCAAGUACGUUGGGAACAUGCAUGGGAAUGAGGUGCUCGGCAGGGAGCUGCUCAUCUACUUAGCCCAGUUCCUGUGUGAGGAAUACAGGGCAGGAAACGAGCGAAUCACGCGCCUCAUCCACGACACACGGAUCCACAUCCUUCCUUCGAUGAACCCGGAUGGAUAUGAGGUGGCUGCCAGGCAGGGUCCAGAAUUCAACGGCUACUUAGUGGGACGUGGAAACGCAAAGGAGGUAGACCUGAACCGCAACUUCCCGGACCUGAAUGCUCUGAUGUACUACUACGAGAAGCACAAUGGCCAAAACCACCACCUGCCACUGCCAGAUAACUGGGAAUUACAGGUUGAGCCGGAGACUUUAGCAGUGAUAAAAUGGAUGCAGAAUUAUAACUUCAUUCUGUCAGCGAACCUCCACGGUGGAGCUGUAGUCGCCAAUUACCCCUUCGAUAAGUCUCGCGAGCCCCGGAUAAGAGGCAAAACAACAUACUCGGCCACCCCUGAUGAUAAAAUAUUCCGAAAGUUGGCAAAGACGUACUCUUAUGCCCACAGCUGGAUGCAUAAGGGCUGGAAUUGCGGCGAUUACUUUGAUGAAGGAAUCACAAAUGGAGCCAGCUGGUACUCUCUUUCUAAGGGGAUGCAGGACUUCAACUACCUCCACACAAACUGCUUUGAGAUCACUCUGGAGCUCAGCUGUGAUAAGUUUCCUCCAGCAACAGCUCUCGCCAGUGAGUGGCUGGCCAACAGAGAGGCUCUGGUGUCUUACAUGGAGCAGGUUCACCAUGGGAUAAAAGGCAUGGUUUUUGAUGAGAACAACAACCCAAUUAGCAAUGCUGUGAUCUCGGUGGCAGGCGUAAACCACGAUAUCACCAGCGGGACGGAUGGAGACUACUUCCGUCUGCUCUUGCCGGGCACCUACACAGUGACGGCUUCUGCAAUAGGUUACCAACCAUUUACCAGCAUGGUGACAGUGGGACCAGCUGAAGCUGUACAGUUGCAUUUCUAUUUGAAAGUUCAACCAAAAGGGACAAACUUGAACAUAAAAGGUUAUCCCAACAAGAAGGGCCCAUCGACGGCUAAGAUUCCUCCUACCAACCUUGGCCCAAGAUAAAGAGCAAGGACUCUUCUCUUAACACAGACAAAACAAGUCUUUACUUUUUAAACUGAAGAACAAUAAAGGGAAACAUGGACUCUCACUGUGACAAAUCUCACCUUCCUAUGUCAUAUAGGUUCUUUGUUGUUUGUAUAGAUGCGUAAAAGUGUGGGAAAUCCAUAUUUUGCUCUCAUGUUCUUGUGGAGCUUAAAUAUAUAUGUAUGUUAUAUAAAGGCUUUGAUUAAAAGAACAGGAAGAAGUAGGUAUUGUAAACAAAUAUUUCUCUUUUUAUGAGAAAUUAGUCAUAGAUUAAUGAAGACAUUUAGAUGGAAUGUUACUGGAAAUUAUGUCUGAAUAUGAUAAGAAGUCAAUCGGUAUAAGAUUAAUUAUCACCUAUGUGGAAAAUAAUAAUAAAAUAAACAUUUUAUCAUUUAAAAUAAA